AUGUGCCCUCCGCCAUCUCUGGAAACUGUGGUUGAAAGGUUUUGGGAAAUAGAGGACUUCCCCACUUGUGCACAUCUAUCGCCAGAAGAUGAAGCCUGUGAGGCUUUCUUUAAAACCACUCACCAUCGAGAACCUUCUGGGCGUUACGUGGUUUCCCUUCCAUUCCAUUCACCUAAACCAAUACUUGGAGACUCAAGAGCACACGCUGUUCGCUGUCUAGAGGCCUUGGAGCGCCGUCUAGUCAAGCAACCUGGACUGCGUACUGAGUACCAGGCCUUCAUGGAGGACUACUUGCAGAGUGGUCACAUGGAGGUCAUUGCCAACCCAUUGCAUGAUGUUGAGUCAGCCUAUUAUCUUCCUCAUCAUGGAGUUAUCAAGGCAGAAAGCACCACCACCAAGCUGCGCGUUGUCUUCAAUGCUUCUGUUAAGACCCAGCGAGACGUGAGUCUAAAUGACAUGCUGAUGACCGGACCCAAAUUACAGACAGAUGUUUGA